AUGGAAUUUAAAAAGUAUCGCGUGACCGGAGAACUGUCCGACAUCACAGUGAUCGUGAACAAACAAACAUUCAUGCUGCACAAAUUCCCUCUGUAUACGAAAUCCGAUUUCUUUAAAGCUUUAGCGCGGAGUUCUAUGAACGACUCAAAUCAUGUCGAGCUCAACGAUUUUCCAGGUGGAGCCGCCACUUUCUCGUCGGUUGCUGACUUCUGCUACAACUUAGAUAUACAGGUCUCGCCGAAAAAUGUUGCUCAGUUACGAUGCGCGGCGGAGUACCUACAGAUGACGUCACCUGGCAACCUGUCCGACCAGACUGAUGAAUAUUUGCAUGACGUCAUGUACACGGCCAAGAUGACGUCAAUGGAAUCCGUAGUGCAGAUAUUACGAGGUUGUUGCUCGGUAGGACCCGUUGCUGAACAAGCCAACAUUACCGGCAAGUGCAUAGACGCUCUGGUAGAAGUCUGGAAAAUGGAGGACGGAUGUAAAAAAGCCAAAGAUGCAAUUUCUGACAGUGUACUCGAUAAACUCACUGAUAUCCCCCUCUGUUGGUUUCUACAGUUAUUAAUUAUGUCACGUGACCGAGGUGUUUCCAGCACAAUAUUAGCGUUGCUGGCUAGAAAAUAUGUCUGGAGCGUUCUUAAAGAAAACCAACUGGACAUGUAUGACACAAUAGAUGGUAUUUUGUUAGAGCUACCCGCUGCCGCCGAAGCGCUGCAAGCUGUUGUUAAUACAGAAUGGGUAAUAACUGUGCUUAAAACGGCUACACAAAAAUGUAAAAGCCAAUCAAUUAUUCUUGAACUGGCCAGUAAUAUGCUGCGAAAAUUCACAGUGAGAGACCUGAUGCAGUUUCCGCCGAACUUGCUGCGUGAAUUGGUACAAUAUGCAAGCAACAGCGAGAAAUGUAUUCCCGAUAUUUCAUGUGACGUCAUCGACCGCUACUUGCACUCCCUUGCUCUAGACCAAUCACUUUCCACGGAGGUGUUCAUGAAACUUGCAACUUGUCUACCAGUGGAUUUCCGAACAAGUCAUGAUUUAAUAUUUCAAGUUGUCGAAUUAUUAUUCAAAUCAGGAACCGAAAUACCCGUGGAUGGGAGAAAGGCAAUUCUAGAACUUGUGGAUUUCCGUCGACUUAGUGAAGAUACAUUGCGUAGAGCAUACGAGACAGAACUUGUACCGCUGUCUUAUAUCACAAAGGCAUCACUAUCCCUGUGCACCAAACUUAGAGCUGAGCUGGAAACGGCGAAAAACAUCAUCAAAGGGCAGCAAGAUGAGUUUCGGCAAAUUUAUCAGUGCGUUAAUGUAACUGAUGGAACCUGGAUGAAAAACGAGGGAAACGAUUUUGCCGACGUUCAACCCUUGUCACGUGACAAAAUGAUUCUCCAAGUGUCUCACGUCAAAGAACGUUCUCCCGUUGCUAUAGAGAUGACACACGAAUUCAUCGAAGGUAAACUAGCUGUCUGCGCUCUGGCUGCCAAUACCUGCAAGGAUCAGGUUCUUUACCUGUUUAAUCCCUUCAAAUCACAGCUGCUUGAAAUUCAAACAACGUGCGAUGGUAAGAGCGAAUCAUUCAAGAUCGAAAACAGUUACAGAAAGUUUGAGACAACUGGUCCAUACUGGCCAUAUUCGCCAAGGAAGAAGUAAUAUAAAGAAAAUUAUUCAAUACUCCGUCCAAUGAAUGCAUAUUAUACUGUAUUUAUAUUUGACCAUUGUUGGGAUAAUAUUAUUAUAUAUUUUCACUACACUUCCAAUGACACUAAAUAAUUUCACCAAUAAACAACCCGACUUAGACAGCUA